AUGGGACGAAUUGUCCCCUUGCUGUUCACCCUGGCGGCACUCCUUUUGCACACACACAAUGUAACAAUUUGUUCUGCGUAUAAUUUGGACGAAGCGGUGAGGAAGACGGAUUGCAAGUUUCGUCACAGCGGCGGAAAAGGGCAUGGGGUGAACUCGGCCAUAACGUCCAACCGGGUGAAUGCCGCCAUCAUGACCAGCAAGGGGAACUCCCUCGUAGAAGCGAAAACAGAAAACGAGCAGGACUACUUCACCUUAAAGCUAAAUGAACACAAUUUCAGGUGGACUGUGCCCCUCUUGAUGGGGUUGAAGAAGAUGCCCCUUGAGUUGGGCAUCGUCACGUCCACCCCCAUAACGGCCCUUUACUGUUCCUAUAAUGCGAAUCCGAGUGACGAAAUGAAGGAUUUAAAAUAUGAAAUGAACGAAUCGCAACAUGUAAAAUAUAUGAGUUGCAAAAGUAAGCACUGCACUGCUAUACAACAAGGCAACACUUCUUGUGCUCCGAUUAAACAGUUUUUAAAGAUGAUCCAUCACUUUGGGUUGAGAAAAAAAAGUUGUACCAAACGAUUUUGUAGCUACAUAAAUGAUAUAAACUUUUUAAAUGUGAACACAAAGUUGGACAAGAGGAAUAUGUCGGUGUGUUCAUUUAGCUCAAGUCUUGGUUCAGAACAUAUAGAAGGAUUUUAUUUUAGAGAUUUUUUUUACCUGAACGACACGAUUAAAUUCCACUACAACUACUUUGGCUGUGUAACAGAGAGUGACGACUUGAGUUUCAAUAAUGUCAUUUCAGGUUUUAUCGGAUUAGCAUAUAAUCAUGCAGAUGGUACUGCUCACUCGAAAAAGUCCUGUUCUUCCAUCUUACAUACCUUGGUACAGAAGUCUGUUUCUAAAAAGAACGUCUUUGCAUUAUGCUUUGUUGAAGGAGGGGGUUUCGCAUCCUUCGGUGGGUUUAGUAAUGAAGCAUUAAGGAAGGUCCCGGGCGCAUCGGCACUGCAAAUUGGUUUUCAAGACCUGGAAGCAGAUGCCCGGCUAAAAGUUGUGGGAGACCAGCAAGCCACUUCUAACGAAAUUGUGUGGCUCUCAUAUUCGGCAUCUUCCAAAGACACGUACAGCCUUCUCUUGAAGGAAGUCAACAUGGUGUCUGGCUCUGAUCGGGUGAAGAGUACUAACGUCGGGGUGGCUGUCGUCGAUUCAUACAGCUACUUCCUGUCUUUCCCAGCCGAAAUCACCGCCAAGCUGAAGACCGCCGUGUACACCUCCUGCGCUGGGGAGGCCAACACCUGCUCCGAGAUCAUUGACAAGGGUGUAUUUACAAUGAAAAGCAAAGGCGUGGAACACUUCCCAACGGUGGAGCUCGUCUUCGAUGACGGGAAGGUGCUGAUCGAGCCCAAGGACUACCUAAUCCACGAAGGCGACGGAGUGUAUAGAGUUCUGCUAAAUUCAGAGGGAACCCUCAAGUUGGGGAUCCCCUUUUUUUUAAACAAGUACCUCAUCUUCGACAAUGAAAAUGGGAAGCUGGGAGUAGGGCAAUCUGACUGCGCCCUCAAAAUGAAGGGGACUUCUGCCGGAAUCGACCUGAGCACCACGGAGGCGGAUUCGAAUGAGGACCCCGAGGACGAGGACUCGACGAAGGAAGACUUCUUUCAAGCAAACAAGUUGAUGAUCCUCGCGAUCACUUGUUUAAGCGUUGUGGGGGGAAUUGUCGGGGGCGUUUUUUUCUUCUGUUGA